GACGGCGCCACCCUCCCCAUUCGCCUGCACUUUCAGCACGCCCAGUCAUUUCUUGGACCGUUCCCUCUCCAGUCUAGUCACACUUGCUCCAUCCCUCUUUCUCCCUAGCCCCAGAAAUCCACUUCCACGCCACUCGAGGACCGUCGCGACCGCUAGGUAACGACCUCGCGACACCAUGGCGGACAGCGCGAGUGAGAGCGACACGGACGGCGCGGGCAGCAGCAGCAGCUCCGCCACCCCGCAGUCCUCCUGCACCUCGGCGGCCGCCUCCAACACCACUACGACCACAACGAACGCCGCCAGCAAAGCCCAGGGCGUCGUGAUCUCCCAGUCCCGCCUGGAGGAGCUGACAAACCGACUCGCGUCGCUGCAGCAGGAGAACAAAGUGCUGAAGAUCGAGCUCGAGACGUUCAAGCUGAAGUGCAAAGCGCUGCAGGAGGAGAACCGCGACCUGCGCAAAGCUAGCGUCACCAUCCAAGCGCGGGCUGAACAAGAAGAGGAAUUCAUCUCCAACACUUUGUUUAAGAAGAUUCAGGCUCUGCAAAAGGAGAAAGAGACGCUCGCCGUCAACUAUGAGAAAGAAGAGGAGUUCCUCACCAAUGACUUGUCCAGGAAGCUCAUGCAGCUUCAGCAUGAAAAGGCAGAGUUGGAGCAGCAUUUGGAGCAAGAGCAGGAAUUCCAGGUCAAUAAACUGAUGAAGAAGAUCAAAAAGCUGGAGAACGACACCAUCUCCAAACAGCUCACUCUAGAACAGCUCCGGCGUGAGAAGAUUGAUCUGGAAAACACUUUGGAACAAGAGCAGGAGGCGCUCGUCAACCGGCUUUGGAAGCGCAUGGACAAACUCGAGGCGGAGAAAAGGAUUCUGCAGGAGAAACUUGAUCAGCCAGUGUCUGCCCCGCCCUCUCCACGCGAAGUUUCCAUGGAGAUCGACUCUCCGGAGAACAUGAUGCGGCACAUCCGCUUCCUCAAGAGUGAAGUGGAGAGGCUCAAACGCAGCCUCCGCACUACAGAGCUCCAGCACACAGAGAAACGGGCUCAGUAUAUUGAGGAGGAAAGGCAGAUGAGGGAAGAGAACAUUCGUCUCCAGAGGAAACUCCAGAGAGAAAUGGAGAGAAGGGAGGCGCUGUGUAGACAGCUGUCGGAGAGUGAGAGCAGCCUUGAGAUGGAUGAUGAGAGAUAUUUUAAUGAGAUGUCUGCUCAGGGCCUGAGAGCUCGUACGGUGUCCAGCCCAAUCCCCUACACCCCCUCUCCCUCCUCCAGCCGCCCCAUCUCCCCUGGUUUGUCGUACGCUAGUCACACAGUUGGUUUCACCCCUCCGGCCACGCUGAGCCGAGCCCCGCUCCCCCACUACACGUCUCCCGGGCUACACAUCCACCCAGGACCCUCACAUGCUGUACAGAGGCCAUCCCCAAGGAGAAGCACCAGCCCAGAUAAGUUCAAGCGUCCGACGCCGCCUCCCUCCCCAAACACACACUCUGGAGCACAGCACCCUCCUCCGCCACCACCACCCGCACAGCCGAUGAUUCAGUCCGGCUCCUCCCACUCUGUGACAUCACAGAACCCCCCCCUCUCAGCCUUAAUGCAUGCACCGUGCGCUACCUUAAGCUAGGCUGCUCCAAGCUAGGCUACACUACUACUACAAUGACAACAACUCAGUGAUCCUCCACUGGGCAAAGGUUGGAAGGGAUUGAAGCGGAUAUGGAAUUAGAGGACAGUUGAUCUGGGGAGCAGAAGGACUGGGAAUGUGAAAAGGGAGAACGUGUAGAUGCUUGGCCGACUGACAGAUCCAUAACCAGCCCCAUGCCGUUAAAUUACGUUAUUCUUACUGUGCUAUUUUUUUUUUCUGUAAAGUGAUCAAGCUGGUUCGGGAAAAGAUUUGGAAAGCUUAGGAAGGUUGUUCGAGAGGGUUGUCAGCUGCGUAUGCCUGCUUUUUUUUUUUUUUUUUUUUUUUUUUUUUUUUUU